AUGGCCGCCAAAUUAAUUGAGCGACAAUUCUAUAACGUUCCAGGGAAGCUUCGCGUGGCAGAGCUGUUCUUCGAUGUCCCCGUCGACUACAGCAAACCCAGCAGGGGCACUCUGAGGCUGUUCGCCCGCAGCGUGUCUCGAUUCAACAAGCCGGUCGAGCCUACUAAAGAAGACACUAAGCUGCCCUGGCUCGUGUAUCUUCAAGGUGGACCGGGUUUUGGAUGCGGUGCCCCGCAGAGCUACGGCUGGGUCGAGCCUGCUCUCAGUAAGGGGUACCAGGUUCUCUUUCUGGAUCAGCGAGGCACCGGACUCAGCUCGACUAUCACGGCGGGGACUCUUGCGCGCCAAGGGGAUGCCAUCAAACAGGCUGAGUAUCUCAAAUGCUUCCGGGCUGAUAACAUCGUCAACGACUGUGAAGCAAUUCGCCGUUGUCUGACUGAUGACUAUCCUGAGGACCAGCGGAAAUGGAGCAUCAUCGGCCAGAGCUUUGGCGGUUUCUGUGCGACGACUUAUCUUUCAAGAUUCCCCGGGAGUUUGAAUGAGGCCUUUCUCUGUGGUGGGCUACCCCCACUUGUUAGUGAACCGGAUCCUGUCUACUCCCGAACCUACGAAAAAGUGGCAGAGAGAAACCAAGCAUACUAUACCAAAUUCCCCGGGGAUGUUCAACGGGUCAAGAAAAUCAUGCAAUACUUGACGAACAACCAGGUUGCCUUGCCGUCGGGAUGGUUGACUCCGGCUAGAUUUCAACAGCUUGGAAUUAUGUUCGGAUUCCAUGGCGGCCUUGACUCUCUGCACGAAAUUGUCUUGCGGGCUUGGAAUGAACUUGAGACUUUAGGCUCCCUUACCCUCCCGACCCUUGCUACGAUUGAUAGCAAUGGUGGGAUGGACAAGAAUAUUAUCUAUGCCGUUCUACACGAAGCAAUUUACUGCCAAGGAAAGCCCUCGCUUUGGGCUGCGGACAGGCAACGUGCAGCAAACCCGCAGUUCCAGAUUUCCGACUCGCAGCCUGAAAUCUACUUCACUGGAGAAAUGGUUUUCAAAGACAUGUUCGAAUCGUACACCGAGUUGAAGCAAAUUCAGGAAGUUGCGGAGAUUCUCGCUACUACCAGUGAUUGGCCUGCACUGUACGAUGAAGCACAACUCGCUAAGAACGAGGUUCCCGUAUAUGCAGCGACAUACAUCGAUGAUAUGUAUGUGCACUUUGAUCUAGCGUCUAGCGCUGCCGUUAAGAUCAAGGGCACCAAGCAAUUCAUCACUAACACCAUGUACCAUGACGCCCUGCGCAGCAAGUCAGGCGAGGUCAUGCGCCAGCUCUUCAAUCUACGGGACGACUCCAUUGACUAA